UGACAGUCAGUCUGUCAGUGACAGUUACGCGGUGUUGUUUUAUGUUGAUUGACUCUACAAGGCUUGAGAAAAGUGAAUUUAUUUUUGCACUGGAAAAAUGGCAGAUCCAUUGAGUUUAUUACGUCAAUACAACAUAAACAAAAAGGAAAUCAUAGAACGUGAGGGACAGAUUAUAUUUGGCGAAUUUUCUUGGCCAAAAAAUGUGAAAACAAAUUACCUCAAAUAUGGAUCGGGAAAGAAAGGCGCUCCGCGUGAAUACUACACACUUGAGUGCCUUUUAUAUUUGCUAAAGAAUGUCCAACUGCAGCAUUCAGUGUAUGUUCGUCAGUGUGCUGCGGAAGACAUACCUGCCGUAAAUCGGCCGGAUCGUAAAGAAUUGUUGGCAUAUUUAAAUGGUGAUACGGCGACAUGCGCGAGCAUCGACAAAAGUGCCCCAUUGGAAAUACCAACUCAAGUUAAACGACCCAUCGAGUCGGAUGGGCUAGACAGCAUAGCCAAAAAAGCUCGCUAUGAAGACACUCAAGUGCAACAAGUUCGUGAACGAUUGGCGGCUCGUUUGGAUGUGAAUAAAAAAGAAGCCUCUGUCAACAUCGACAACAUCAAGUCUCUGUCGGAAGCGAUGUCUGUUGAAAAAAUUGCCGCAAUCAAGGCUAAGCGUUUGGCUAAUAAACGUACGACUAUCAAACGGAAUGAUAACGACGACGCAAUGGGAACCGAUUUACGAGCAAUUUUGGACUUUGAUGUCGAUUCAACGAAGGAUAUCAUCAGUCGAGAACGGCAAUGGCGGACCAGAACCAGCAUACUACAGAGUACUGGCAAGAUGUUUGCAAAGAAUAUAAUGGCAAUUCUACAAAGUGUAAAGAAUCGUGAAGAAGGAAAGGCUCGACCCGUACAGCCUCAAAUUCGUCUGCCAGAGCCAACACUUCAUCGUCCCACCCCUCAACCUGCCCAGUAUAAUCGUUACGAUCAGGAACGAUUCAACAAACAGAAAGAAGAAACCGAAGGCUUCAAAAUCGAUACGAUGGGUACUUAUCACGGCAUGUCACUGAAAUCGGUGACUGAAGGUUCUCAGCAACAGAAAAAACAGCAAAUCGCUCAGAUGCCACCAGGUCGACCGAAAGAAAUGUUGCCAACAGCUCAAGCUCGAGUCAUUCCCCAGAAUAUGAACAAACGACCGUCCCGUACGCCAAUCAUCAUCAUUCCGGGAACUAAUUCUAGUCUCAUCACGAUGUUCAAUGCAAAGGACAUUUUGCAAGAUAUGAAGUUUGUGACGACGGAAGACAAGAAGGCGCAAGGUUGUCCAAGAGAAAAUGAAGUGCUGCUGCAACGGAACAAGGAAGCAAACUGCACUGUCCCAUACAGAAUAAUCGACAAUCCUGCCAAAUUGACGCCACAAGAAUGGACUCGUGUUGUCGCCGUUUUCGUUAUGGGACCAGCUUGGCAAUUUAAAGGUUGGCCAUGGGAUGGUAAUCCAGUCGAAAUAUUCUCGAAAAUUUGUGCAUUUCACUUGCGAUACGACGAAAUGAAAUUGGAUGCGAAUGUUGCACGCUGGGCUGUAACUGUUUUGAAUUUGUCGCGCACUAAACGACAUCUGGAUCGAGCAGUGUUAAUGACAUUUUGGGAAAGACUGGACAAACACAUUGCGAAGAAUAAACCCGAACUCCGAUUCUGAUUCUACGAACUCAUAGAUUUUGCGUUAAUCGUUCAGUUUUAGAUUCGUUUAUUUUAUAGUUUUGAAGUGAAUACAAUAUGAUUAGCGAAUUGU